AUGACCUUUUUAGUGGAACAAGUUAUCGAAGGCAACGUGGUGUCAAUCGAAGAAGCUGCAUCACCUGAACAAACGAAUCUGGCAUAUUUUUUGAAGCAUUACAAAAACUGUCCUAUAAAUAGAUCGUAUUCAACUUGCGCGAUUUUAGUCUCCGAGACGUAUCUCGGGUUAUAUUGGAGACAUAACCUGUUUCAGUUGAGCUUUUGUAAGAGAACACCAAAUCAGGGAGAGCAGUGCGUGGGAGUAAAAAGAAAAAAGAAUAGUAUCCGUUUGGAUAGGCUGGACACCUGUUUCGCCCCUACCGGGGACUCAUCAGCACCUCGAAUACCUAUCAGAAUCGAAUCGCAGUUUCUCCUUAUAUAG